UCCUAGAGUAACAAUGAUUUUCAUUGGCUGACAACAUUUGCUAUGCUGUGUAUUGCAUCGUUACCCGCUGUGGUUACUUGGGAUAUGGCGGCGCUGAUUAGAGGACUGAGAGCUGGAAGGGUCUUGCGGGGUCUCGGCAGCGUUGCAGUUCAAGGCACACUCAGUCCCCAGUGCAGCAAUGUGAGACGUGGAUUCCAUCGUGCCGCCCUGUUACGACUGGCCAAUGACUCUAAAAGUGACACAUCUGUGCCACCUCCAUCCUACCAUGAGGUUGACACAGCUGGAGAAAGCUCAUCCUCUUCAGCACAUGGAGAAUCUUCAGAAGAUGCCCAGCCAAACACCAGAUCAAAGAAAACAGCUGAGUUUCUGAGAGAUGCAGUGGAGAUGAGACUGCGGAUGUUGAUUCCUUAUAUUGACACAUGGCCUCGGGCCAUGAGCAUCCUGCUACUGCCCCACAACAUCCCCGACAGCCUGAAACACCUGUCCACGAUGGUGGAUGACAUCUGGUACUACGCAGGCGAUCGCUCGACGGACGUCAACUGGUACACAAGGCGGGCGGCACUGACAGGGAUCUAUAACACCACAGAGCUGGUGAUGGUGCAGGACUCGUCUCCUGACUUCGAAGAGACAUGGGCCUUCCUCGAUAAUCGCAUAAAGGAUGUAGUUAACAUGGCGAACACGGCUAAACAGGUGCAAGCCACAGGAGAAGCCGUGGUUCAAGGACUCAUGGGAGCCGCAAUUACGCUGAAGAACCUAACAGGGAUGAACCAGAGACGAUGAGUUACUUCUGAUGCUCCUGCCUUCAUUUUUUUCACAUCUUUUACACACUGAGUGACCCCUCGGCCACUCUGCAUGAAUGUCUAAUACCUCAAUCACCCACUCUAAACCAACUAAACAAUUUGAAAUGAUCACAAUGAAAGGGUUUGUGUUACGAUAUAGGGUGGAUUAUCAUGCCCUUAGCACUUUUAAAUGGGUUAGCUGUGCCAUACCCGAUUCCUCUGUCUGUAUCUUAACCUGAGCCCAAUAAGGAGCACAGUUUCUUUUCCGGCAUUUCUAUGCAUUUGUAAAAAGAAAGAAUAUAAAUGUAAAUUGUAUUCGAGAGUCCUAUGUUCAUACGGUUUGUGUCAGACUCACUGGCGAGUCCCUCAUUAAAAGAAAA